UGAAGGAUAUCGAACCGAACGCAUCGCCCGCAGUACAAAUCGAAGAACCACUGCCCGCAAAGACGCCUGCAAAGACACCCGCAAAGAAGGGGAAAGGUAAAGGUGCAAAGAAAGGCGCCAAGGGCAAGAAGGCAAAGACUGAGGAAGAGGAGCUUGCGCAAGUUGUGGAAGACGCUGAGCGACAAGCCACAGUCAAUCCUGUGAACGAGAGCGCGGAUCAGAAUUUGGCUCUGGAGCACACAGAUGGUGAGUGACCGGGAUGCCACUGUCAUAUCGUAAGCAGGGGUCAGCCACUAAUAUGCAUCCAGAUAUCGCCCAGAUUCCCAAUAACGAUGAACAGUCAAAAGCCCCACAGACUCCAGCAGUCCGACUUACACGCCGCCAACUAGCGAAGCUCGAAGAGGAAGAGGCACUCAGCAAAUCUCAACGCGCACCGCCUCCUCAGCCAGAAGAGGUGGUUGAGGAUGCCGCAGGAGAACCUGUGAAGCGAGUCGAAGUGGCUGUCGAACAGAAGGGCGACGUUGUCACUGAGGGAAGCGAAACACUUGUCGUGCCCGAAGAACCCACGAAUCUCGAGCCUGAGCCAGCGCCAAAACCAGUGCGACUGACGCGACGUCAGCAAGCGAAGCUUGAAGAAGAACUGAAGCUGUCGCAAGCCGAGCAGCAAACACCACAACCCGAGCCCACCGAAGAAGAGGUUCUUGAAGAGAUCGUUGCAGAGGCUCAGGCCGAGGCAGUCCCUCAACAGGAAGAGGAGGUGUCCGAGAGUGCCAACAACGAUGUCAACGACGUCCAAGAUGAUAUCGCACUGGUGGCUGUUGCAGAAGAGCAGUCGAUCUCGCAAAAAGAAGUGACUGCAGAGCCGCAAGAGGACGAAGAAGAACACAAGACGGAAGUGCCUGAAGCCGUAGAAGUGGAGUAUAUUCCGAAAGAAACAGUAGAAGCAAGGCCAGCGAUACCUUCAGAAGCCGAGUUCGAAGCAGACCUCGAUAUACAACCCCAGGAUCCAGGUCGUGAUGAGGGCACGCCUUCCGUCGAGAUCACAUCAGAAGCCGAGCCCAAGAUGCUAUCCGCCGAGAAGCCGUUCGAAGCAUCCGUGUCCACACCAGUUAAGAACCAAGGAUCGACUCGACGUACAUCACGAAGCCCGUCAAAGUCUCCCAUGCGUAUUGAAGAGUCGAUCUCAGCCAUUGACAGACUUGAAGAAGACCUGGAGUCCAUUGGCAAAGCCAUACCAGAUUUCGAACAUUCCGACGACGAAAAGUCUCCACGGAAGUCCAUGGAGCCCACCGCGUCACCGAUUGCGCGGGGGAAGACACCGAGCAAGACAUCUGCGAGGACACCUGCUAAAGCUCCUGCCCGGACUCCAGCCAAGGUCGCGAGUAAGACUCCCAGCAAGACGCCUUUCAAAGCACCCGUUGCUACUAGAGCGCCAGUUGCUGCGAAGGCACCUCUUCCUAUCAGGAUCUCGAGAGUACCAAGUGCAGCCCCUAAGAGCGUGAAGCCCACUACAACAUCGCUUGCACGUGCUUCCAGCGUCCGCACCGCACCAAGCAAAGAUGUUAGGAAGCCCUCGACCGAGACAGCCGACUACCUGGCGUCUAAGCGCCGCCCAAUCAGUCUGUCCUUCCCGACGCCUCCUCCGCCGCCAAAAGGAAAAGCGCCAACGAAGCCCACAUUCCAGUUGUCCAGUGACAAUGUGGCAGCAAAACUCAAGGCGCAAAAGGAGGAGCGCCUGAAGCGGGAAGCAGAAGGCGCAGCUGCUCCGAAACAGCGACCGAUCAGUAUGCCACCGCCCCCCAAGUCGACAAAGCCACCUACGGUACCAAGCUUCCAACUCCCCGGCGAGGCGACAGCAGCGAGGUUAAAGGCCCAGAAAGAAGAACGACUCAAACGGAUGGAGGAAGCGGAAAGAACCGAGAAGCCUACAACACGGCCUAUCAGCAUGCCUCCGCCGCCCAAGUCAAAACAACUUACCAAACCCAGCUUCCAGCUGCCGGGCGAAGCGACUGCUGCACGCCUCAAGGCGCAAAAAGAGGAGCGGCUCAAGCGUAUGGAAGAAGCCGAAGCUGCAAAGAAAGCAGCCCUCGCUGCGCCCGUCCGGAAGCCCAUUGCUCGCCGACCUCGAGAAUCACUGCUGGUCAGAGACGCACCAGGAGUCAGCAUCCCGCCUCCCUCCAAGGUCGAAGCACCGCAGCGCUCGACAUCUCUCGUAAGCAAGCGCAGUAGCGUCAUCGAGCCCUCGGCUUCGCGCUCAACAUCCACCUCGUCCGCAAACCGGAACAGUAUCUUGCUUGCUGCAGGCUCUAAGUCCACCGUUACGCCCGUCGAUGCUGCAGCGCUGAAGGUCAAGGGCAAGCAGGUAUUCAACCGUGACAGAAUACAAAAAGAAGCGAUGGAGCGUGAGAGAAAGGAGAAGGAAGAAGCAGCUAAGAAGGCGAGAGCUGAAGCUGCAGAGAGGGGCAGGAUCGCGUCGAGGGAGUGGGCAGAAAGGCAAAGGAAGAAAAUGAUGGGUCAGUGAGCAGGCGCUGUUGGUCUGCGGCAGGCGUUUUGCUUUGAUAAGGUGUUUAGGGUUUGGGUAUAUCCGGGUCUUGGGUUGCCGUUACUUGUUCUGGAUACGUGGUCCUCUUCUGGGUACCUUUCGUCCAAAAGUCAAUGAGACUUGUAUACCUUUGUAUGAUCAGCUUUCUGCAGUUCUGAA